AUGAAAAUAAAUCAAACUUCGUCUCCAUUAAAAAAUGGUUCAGUGUUGUUAUCUGAUGGUCGAACAGGAGGAGAAGCGGAAAAUUUACCCAAGGAAAAAGUUCCAACUAUUGUUCAAGUACUAUGUAUGAUUAUUUUAUUUAUUAUAUCAAUAGCUAUUGCUUUACCAUUGAUAUUAAAAACUCAUCGUGUUGCACCGUCAUUAAAUACCAAAAAUAAAACAAAACCAACUACUACUAUCUAUAUAAGUACUACAACACCUACUACUACGGCCACUUACACUUUGCCAAGUAAUAUAACAUAUGAUUAUACAAAUGAAUUAUCUUAUGAAAGCAAAAUAUUUUAUCGAUCAGCGUCAUUAGAAAAACAAUAUUAUGAAGCAUUACAAAUAAGUGUAUCAAUAAGUGGAGAUUAUUGGUUUGCUAGCGUAAGUGAUAUAGACACAUAUGGAUACUUGUUCUAUAAUUCAUUUAAUCCAUUAAUGCUUUGUAAAAAUUAUAUACAAGAAGAUGAUGAUUCGAUGGGUGAAAGACAAUUUAAAAUUCAAUCAAUACUCGAAGCUUCCCAAACAUAUAUUCUAGUGGUGACAACAUAUUUCACGAAUGUUACAGGAAAAUUUGGAAUCAUUAGUCAAGGUCCUGGAAAUGUGCAGAUUGGUCAUAUGAAUACUACUGAAUCAUUGGAUUACAUUCCAUUAAUACAUCCCAAUGACAGUAUAUAUGCUAUAUAUAAUACCACUGCAGGCGGUGAUAGUACAUCAUCGACAGCGAAUUCUUCAAUUGGUAAUUAUCCUUCGAAUGAAGGACCUGAGAAAGCGAUUGAUAAUGAUACUUCGACAAAAUAUUUGAAUUCUGGCGCAUGUGGACUAAAUACUGGCUAUUAUGUAACAUUACAGAGAGGUUUAUCAUUAGUGAAGACAUUUCAAAUUUGUGUUGCUGAUGAUUAUGAAGAACGUGAUCCAACGCGAAUAACAUUAGAAGGAAGUAAUGAAUCAGGAUCAGAUCUUACUUUAGGUUCAAGUUGGACUCUUAUUUAUGAUGGAGUUGUUGCAUUUUCUAUGACACCACCAAGAUAUUCUUGUUCAUUAAUGCACUGUCUUAAUAACUCAAUUAGUUACACAAGUUAUCGCUUUCUUGUCACUGAAAAACGUUCUUCAGAUAAUUCGGUUCAAUACUCCGAAGCUCAACUAUAUUUUUACUAA